AUGCAGGGCUCCUUGAUUGAGCCGGAGCAGUGUGAGGAGAUUGCGUACGAUUGCUGGGAACGCGCAAGAGUAGAUGAGAACAUUACCUCAGACCAGUUUGACAAAGUACGGACGGUCUUUGGCUAUGGCUCACUGAUUUUCCGUCCGGGGUUCCCGUACCAACGUAUGUACCCCGCAUGUGUCCGCGGAUACCUUCGGCGAUUCUGGCAGAUGUCCUGCGAUCACAGGGGAACGCCCGAGUUCCCAGGCCGUGUCCUGGCCUUGCUCAGAACUCAGGAUGUACGCCAGGUUGCAACUGCCGAUGGAGAGGACGUUGUCCACGGUAUGGCUUUCGAGGUGGAUGCCACAGACUGGCCAUCUGUGUUGGACACCUUGGACAUCCGCGAGAGGCAUGGAUACACGCGGACCCUGACGAAGCUCUACCCAACCAGCAGCGACUUUGGGGCCUCUGACUCCUGCGGGGAAGCUGUCAUCUACUAUACCUAUGACCCGGAGUGCAGUGCGGCCUAUGCCGGUCCAGAGGAUGUGGAGGCGACAGCGGAGGUGAUCGCAAGGGCAGCUGGUCCUUCUGGGCCCAAUGACGAGUAUCUCUUCUCGCUUGUGGAGGCACUGAAGGAGUUUGACCUGCCAGAGGAUGGAUAUCUGAUCAAGCUCCUUGCUGCAGUCAAGCGGAGGAAAGCGUGA